CCAGGGACCCACGGCAUGUGAGGGGCAGGACACAUGUGUGUAUGCUGGGGAGUCAGUCAGGAGUGGCAGCCGAGAAGCAAGGAUGCCCAGUCUGGGGCAUGGUCCAGAAAGGGGUCAAACUAUGGAAAAGAGCAACUGGGAUCUGCACAGAUGGAUAAAUAGACAGAUGGAGGUUGCUUGAUGAGGAAGAGGAGAAGCAGGAACUGAUUGACCGAGCAAUCCAAAGGUUGAUGCAGAUGGUGGUUUGAGGUUAGUGAAUGCUGAGAAGAAGGUAGGCCCAUCUGGCCCCCUCACAACCUGCUUCUCAUAUCCCUCACUAGGUCCCUGGCCUCUGCUGUAUCCUGACUGAGUCAGCAAUGGAUGCCUUUGGGGGAGCUCCCCGAUUUCUUGCCUACCCUCGCACAUUCACAGUGCAGAGUGGGGCUAGUGCUGUACUGAAAUGGCAAGUGGCAGGCAAACCACGUCCUAACAUUGUCUGGGAGAAGGAUGGCUCUGAGCUGGAAUUAUCAUCGGGCCGAAUAUUUGUGAAGGCUGAUGGGGAUGCAUACAGCUUACUGGUGUCUCAAGCCAGUCCGACAGACAGUGGACGAUAUGUGUGCAAAGCUAAGAAUUGUGUGGGUGAAACUUAUGCAGCUGCUACUCUCAAAGUGGAGGCCACAGAACUGAAACCCAAGGGAGAUCUUGAUGCCCAGCCUCCAAUCUUCCUCAGUAGACCAGUGUCAGCCCAAGUGGCCCGGGGAGAGGAUGUGAGUUUUGCCUGCAGGGUUGCAGGGCAGCUUUCGUGGGAAAAGGAUGGACGCAAACUAUCAGACAUCUUUGAGAGCAGCCAUUACAAGGUGGCCACAGAACCUGAUGACUGGCACUCUCUGCACAUCUACAACACCCGUCUCCCAGAUGCAGGUGUCUAUGUGUGCCGGGCACAGAACUGUUUUGGAGAGACCAUGACUGCAGCUGUGCUUCUGGUGGAUUCUGUGACAUGCCAUCCCCAUGAUGAAUCAUUUCAGGAUGCUCUCCCAAACUGCCAUUUCAAGAAGCAGCCAGAGGCACAAUAUGCUAAGAGACAAAGAUGUCACCCUGAGCAAAAUAUGGUAUUAGAAACCAGACAGAAUGGACAGAUCAUUCCUGGUUUACCUACUACUAAAGCGUUUACCGUGAAUGAAGGGAAGCAUGCUAAGUUCCGCUGCUAUGUCACUGGCAAGCCCAAGCCAGAGAUUGUCUGGCAAAAGGAUGGGAAAGUGCUGUCCCCUGGAAGGAGACACCUGCUCUAUGAGGAUAGGGAAGGUUACUUCAUCCUCAAGGUGCUUUACUGCACAGCACGAGAUUGUGGGCUCUACGUGUGCUCAGCCUGCAACACAGCUGGCCAGACACUCAGUUCUGUGAGACUCCAUGUCAAAGAACCGCGGGUGCAGUUCCAGGCACCUUUGGUGGAUGUGGAAGUAAUGGAGGGCCAGGAUGCAAUAUUAGAGUGCCAAGUGCCUCUAGAGACCAUCCCUACAGUGUGGUAUCUUGAAGACAAACGUUUGCAUCCCAGUCCCAAGUACCUGAUAGAGGAGCAAGGCUUGUUGCGGCGACUGACUGUGAGGGAUGCACGGGCUGACGAUGACGGCAUCUACCUAUGUGAGAUGGAGGGCAAGGGCCGCAGCAUUGGAGAGCUCUCAGUUCAAGGGCUGAUAGUAAAGCGAUUGCCACGAAAGCUGGAUGUGAUGGAAGGUGAAAAUGCCGCUUUUUAUGUGGAGACACGGGAACCUGUAGAAGCCCCAAGCUGGGGGCGUAAUGGGCAGGAACUGGUGGAAGCAUCACACACCCUCAUCAGGAGCUUUGGCAAAACCCAUCUUCUAGUGCUGGUACACGUGUCACGGCAUGAUGCUGGAGUCAUCACUUUCACAGCGGGCGAAUCACAAACUUCAGCACAGCUCCGUGUCAAAUGUGCCAAGAGAAUCCCACCAAGUGCACCUGUGGCAGCAAGAAUGUGCACAUCACACAGCAAUUCUGCCCUUCUAACAUGGUGUCCACCACCUGACAUGCACCGGAGUCCACCAAGUAGUUAUAUCCUUGAGAGGCAGGCUGUGGGAGAGGAUGAGUGGGUGUCAUGCCUGACUACAGACGUUGCCAGCAUGGUUGAAGUUCUGGGUGAUGGUGUGCCACAGGAAGGUGACUACCAUUUCCGUGUGUGCUCUUCCAAUCAGUAUGGAUGCAGCGAGCAUGUGGAAUUCCCAGGAUCUGUUCAUCUUGUUCCCAGGGCCCAUGUGCAAAGAGGACUACAAGAUAUUACAGUACAUACUGGUGAGGAUGCUACUUUUUCAGUGCAGCUUUCAGUCACCACAUCUGGUUGCUGGUUCUUCAAUGGAAAAAAGUUAGAAAAGGAAGAGGAAGACCAGCAGUACCAGAUCACAUACUGUGGAACAGACCAUGCCUUGAAGAUUAGAGAUGUGCAGCUAUCUGCCAAUGGUUUUGAGGUUCGAUUUGAGGCCAGUGGUGUAAAGGAAUGUGCCAUUUUGCAUGUACAAGCACCACAGGUGCGCAUCACCCCAGUGCCUGAGGCCAGGAGACUCAGAACACUUUUGGCUGGGAUGCCUCUGCUUCUGGAGUGUGAAGUGUCCACACCUGAUGCUCCCAUCUUCUGGUUCAAAGAAGGGAAUCCUGUGCCUUUGGAUGAUGGUGCCCUUCUUGUCCAGUCAGAAGGCUGCAUCCGCAGGUUAUUGAUUCCCUCAGUCUCAUCUUUGGAUUCAGGGACAUAUACAUGUGAUGCAGGUGAUGACUCUAUCAGCUUCAGGGUGACUGUGGAUGAACCUCCUGUGAGGGUUGUUCACACCAAUGCUGAGGAGACCCAUGCCUAUCAGGUCACAGAACGUGUGGUACUGGCCUGUGAAUUAUCCAGCCCUGAUGCUCCUGUGCACUGGUACAAAGAUGGGAAGGCAGUGGAAGAAAGAGAAGGUCUCCUGCUGGAAAGUGAAGGGCCUCGCCACUGCCUAGUUAUUACUUCUGCACAAGUGCAGGAUUCAGGAGAAUUUGUAUGCAACAUUGGUACAGAUUCUAUCUUCUUCAACAUCACUGUUACAGAACCACUUAUCACAGUUGUACACUCCAAUGCUGAAGAUGCCCAUACCUAUCAGGUUUCCCAGCGUGUGGUGCUAAGCUGUGAGCUAUCCCGUCCUAAUGCUUCCAUCCAUUGGUACAAGGAUGGGGAAGAGGUGGAAGAAAGCAAUAGUUUCCUAUUGGAAAGAGAAGGCGUCCACUGUCGGCUAAUCAUCCCUUCUGCCCAGGUCCAUGAUACAGGAGAGUUUGUCUGUGAUGUGGGUGGUGACUCUGUCUUCUUCAAUAUUACUGUCACAGAGCCUCCUGUCCAGGUUGUGAGCUCCAAUACAGAUGAACCUCAUACCUAUCAAGCUUCGGAACAGGUGACAUUGACCUGUGAACUGUCCCGCCCUAAUGCUCCUGUGCGCUGGUAUAAAGAUGGGGAAGAAGUAGAGGAGAGUGAGGGUCUUCAGCUAGAGAGUGAAGGAUGCCACUACAGGCUUGUCAUUGCCUCAGCUCAGGUGCAAGACACAGGGGAAUUUGUGUGUGAUGCAGGUGGUGACUCUGUCUUCUUCAACAUUACUGUUACAGAACCACCAGUAAAGGUUGUGCUCUCUAAUGCGGAUGAGACCCAUGCCUAUUGGGCUGGAGAGCGUGUGGUGCUGUCUUGUGAGCUGUCUCGCCCAGAUGCUCCUGUGUGCUGGUAUAAGGAUGGAGAAGAAGUGGAAGGCAGUGAGGGCCUCCUGCUGGAAAGGGAGGGUCUGCAUUGCCAGCUAAUCAUACCUUCAGCUCAGGUGCCAGAUUCAGGGGAGUUUGUGUGUGAUGCAGGUGGUGAUUCUGUUUUCUUCAACAUCCGCGUUGCAGAGCCUCCUGUGAAGAUUGUGCACUCCAAUGCUGAUGUAGCCCACACUUACCAGGCCUCAGAUCGUGUGGUACUGUCUUGUGUACUGUCCUGCCCCAAUGCCCUCGUCCGCUGGUACAAAGAUGGGGAGGAAGUAGAAGUGGGGGAAGGCUUGCUGUUAGAGAGUGAAGGCCCCCAUCGAUGGCUCAUACUUCCCUCAGCCCAGGUGCAGGAUACAGGGGAGUUUGUGUGUGACACCGGCACUGAUUCUGCCUUCUUCACUGUUUCUGUUGCAGCUCCUAAGGUGCACAUCAGUCCAGUGCCAGAGGCCCAGUCCUUCCAGACGAUCUUGGCAGGAAUGCCUAUUCUGCUGGAGUGUGAAGUCUCUACUACAGACGCCCCUGUCCAGUGGCUCAAAGAUGGAGAGCCUGUGCCCUUGGAUGAUGACAACUUCACCAUCCAAUCAGAGGGUUUCCUUAGGAAGCUGUUGAUCCAUUCAGCUUGCCCCCUGGACUCUGGGACGUAUACUUGCAACACAGCUGAUGACACUGUUAAUUUUAUUGUGACAGUCGAUGAGCUGCCUGUUCGAGUUGUGCAUUCUAAUGCAGAUGUGGCUCACAUCUACCAGGUCUCAGAGCGUGUGGUGUUGACCUGUGAGCUGUCCCGCACUGAUGUUCUGGUGUGCUGGUACAAGGAUGGGGAAGAGUUGGAGGAAACUGACAGUCUCCUGCUUGAGAGUGAAGGGCCCUAUCAUCGCCUGGUCAUCACAGCGGCCCAGGCUCAGGACACAGGGGAAUUUGUCUGUGAUGCUGGUGGUGACUCUGUCUUCUUCAAUGUCACCAUCACAGAGCCCCCGGUACGGAUUGUACACCCAGCGGAGCGUUCAGUGGAAAAGCAGGUGUAUGCAUCUGAACAGCUGUUGCUGUGUUGUGAGGUGUCCAUUCUUGAUGCCCCUGUACGUUGGUUCAAAGAUGGCCUGGAGGUAGAUGAGACACACAACCUCUUCCUUCAGAUGGAGGGUGCUGAGCGUCGCCUGCUUGUCCUGCAGGCAUGUGCAGAAGAUGCUGGAGAGUACAUCUGUGAAACCAAGGAUGAAUCUGUUUCCUUUGAUGUCAAGGUUUCAGACCCUCCAGUACAGAUUGUAGGGCGUGAUGAACUGCAAACACGCUACCACUGCCUGGCUUCAGAGGAUCUUACACUGUCAGUGACACUGUCUUGCCCUAAAGGAGAGGUGAAAUGGUACAAGGAUGGAGAGAAGCUGCAGGACACAGACCGUGUGCGACUAGAGCAGGAGGGAACAUGCCAUGCAUUGGUGAUUCUGGGAGCAGAGCGUGGUGAUGCAGGGGAGUAUCUGUGUGACAGCGGCGAUGACAGCCUCAUCUUCUGUGUCACUGUGGAGGAGCCUCCUAUCUUCAUUGUGGGAAACACAGAAGUGCCACAACAUCACUCUUUGGCAGCAGGAGAAGCUCUAGUAUUGACUUGCAAGGUGUCUUCACCUAAUGCUGUUGUGCGCUGGUUACGAGAUGGUGUAGAGCUAAUACCCAGCAAACGUAUUCGCAUUGAAGCCCAUGGAAGUCACCGGCAACUCACCAUCCUUGGAGCCAAACCAGGAGAUUCAGGCUCCUAUGUGUGUGAUGCAGACACAAACCGGAUGGUAUCUAUAGUAGAUGUGGCAGCACCACCUGUGCGCAUAGUGAAUAAAACUGAUGCCCAGCUGCCUAUAGAAGUUCAGGAAGGAGAGACUGUUACCUUGGUUGCUCGACUUUCUCAAGAGAAGGCUUCUGUCCAGUGGUUGAAGAACAUGCGGCCACUUUACCCUGGGCCACGCAUGGUUGUGAGCAGUGAUGGGCUAAUGCGUAGCCUCACCAUCAGGCAAGCUGAGCCAGGGGAUAGUGGCAUCUUUAGCUGUGAUACUGGAGAUGAUGAAGUUCAUUUCACAAUGUAUGUGCGAGAGGCCCCAGUGCUGUUUGUGCCAAAGCCAGAUCAUCCAGAGAAGGUGCUGGUGCUGGAGGGGGGCAGUGCAGUGCUCUCAGCUAUUGUCUCCAAGGAGCCAGCUGUGGUGAGCUGGAAGGGGCCUCAGGGCACCCUGGUGGCAGGUGAGCACUGCCAGCUCCGGAGAGAGGGACGAGUGCAUAGCCUCCUGCUGAGCAACGUGGGCAAGUCUGAUGCUGGCGAGUACAUAUGUCAUUCCCCUGAUGACCAGUUGCAUUUUGAGCUUAGUGUCAAAGAGAUGCCAGUGAAGUUUGUUCGGGGCCUCUCAGAUGUGUUGGCAUUGCAUGGAGACACAGUGCUGUUCUGGUGUGAGCUGUGCAAAACCAAGGGUGAUGUUGUGUGGCUGAAGGAUGGGAAGGAGCUGGAAGACAAUGAAUAUGUGGAGAUCCGAGCAGAGGGCCGGGAGCGUUCAUUGACCUUGAGCCAUGUGGGGCCUGAGGAUUCUGGCGAAUACUCAUGUGAAAGCAAGGAUGACCGCACCUUGGCAAUUCUUACAGUCCAGAUUCCCAGGUUGGUGGAGAUCAUUUCUGAGCUGCAUAACUUAACAGUGCUAGAGGGGGAUGAUGCCACCUUCAAGGUCGUGGUGUCUCCAGACGAUGUGGUCCUGCAGUGGCAGCUGAAUGGCCAAGAUGUGGUGCCAAGUGAACGGCUGACUAUAAUCAGGAAUGGGCUGUGUCAUACACUCACCAUAAGGCAGUGUCGACUGAGUGACACUGGCAUAGUGACUGUCUAUGCAGAAGGCCAAAUGAGUUCAGCUAGGCUCAGCGUCCAAGAGGCUCAGGUGCUAUUUGUGCAGACACUGCGUGACUUGGUGGCUGAGGAGGGCCAAGAUGUGCGCUUUGAAGUGGAACUGAGCCUGGAGAGUGCUGAGGUACAAUGGAUGAAGCAAGGCAUCCUGCUCCAGCAGAAUGCCAAAUUCUUCAUGGAGGCCCAUGGUCCCCAGCGGACUCUCACCAUCUACAGCACUGAGCUGGCAGAUCGAGGCAUCUAUCGAUGUGAGAGCCUGCAUGACCGCACUCAAGCCAGGCUAAUUGUGGAACCCCGUAGGGUAAUGGUGAAGAAACCACUAUCAGAUGUGGAGACUUUUGAAAAGGAGACAGUGACGUUUGAGCUGGAGCUAUCCCAUCCCAACAUAUCUGGAGUCUGGACACGGGAUAGCAUCCGUGUGAAGCCUGGUUCCAUGUGCCGAGUGAGUGCCAUGGGUUGCACACACAGUCUGACACUGCUGGGACUCACGCAAGAUGACUCAGGGACUGUGGCCUUCACUGCUGACACUGUGCGGACCAGUGCCUGCCUUACUGUCCGAGAGCCUCCAGUGACAAUGUUGCGCCUUCCUCAGGACAUGGGCAUUCCUGAGACAGGCUCAGCCACCUUUGAGUGUGAGCUAUCCCGGCCUCUAGCUGAAGUGAAGUGGUACAAGAAUGGGAAGGAGAUCCAGACAGGGCCCACUUGCCGCAUGUAUUCAGUGGGACGCCGGCGUCUCCUACAGCUCAGCCACUGCAACCUUGAAGAUGCGGGCGAGUACACAUGUGAUGCUGGUGACUGCCAUGCUUCUGCCAAACUGCGAGUUUUUGAACGGCAGGUGCAGAUUUUGCGAGAACUGGAGGAUGUGCGAGUACGAGAGAAUGAGAAUGCUGUUUUCAUGUGUGAGGUAUCGCUCGAGGAGGUGAAAGGGGAAUGGUUCCGGGAUGGGGAGAGAAUCAAAGUUACCAGCACUGUGAAAAUACGGCAGGAAGGAGCCCGGCACUUCCUGCUUCUGUGCUGUGUCCAUCCUGAGGAUGCAGGCCAGAUCCGUUUUGUGGCCAAGGCAGCUACUUCUGAAGCCCGUUUAGAAGUGGAAGUGAACCAUCAGGAGUUGCUAACCCCAGCCAGAGUCUCGGGGUGUAUUCCUUCCACAGCUUUGCCCAUUCGCAUUGUGAAGCCACUGAGGGACAAAACUGUACUAGCCCGACACAAAGCCACAUUGGAAUGCACAGUCUCACAGUCUCGUGGGCGUGUACGCUGGUUUCGUGGUGACACAGAGAUCUUUGCUGGCCCCAAGUAUGAGAUCUGUAACUUGGACUGUUAUCGAACCCUGGUCAUCCACUGUGUUGAGCCUGCAGAUGAGGGUCUGUACACCUGUGACGCACUGGACGACUGUUCCACAGCCCGCCUGCUAGUGGAGGCUGAAGGGAUCCAAGUGGUGCGGGCCCUGCGAAAUGUGGAAGUGGUGGCUCCCUCUGAUGCUCAGUUUGAGUGUGAAAUAUCUGCUCCUCCAGCAUUCAGUCCCCACUGGAGCCUCAAUGGAGAGGAGUUACAGUCUAGCUCACAAGUGCAUAUGGACAGCAUAGGACACAUCCAUCGGCUGAGGCUCUGCCAGACAACACCUGGAAUGAGUGGGAUGGUAAAGGUUUCCAUGGGCAGUGCCCGUUCAAAGGCCCAUCUCACAGUUAGAGAGCACUAGCAUUAGGAAGAUGCUGAAUGUAAGCACGGAAGGGCCAGGACCACCAGGGGAAGGUGGAGACAGUAUAUUGGAUGGUCGCAUGAACAUCUGGAAGGAUGGACACACUGAUGGAUAAUUCUUCUUCCUUUUGAGUGACAAGGAAAGCAGAUUCUGCUUUAUUAAAUGCUGUUGAUUACUGACUGUUUUUUAAAAUUAAAUCUUAGUUGUCUUUGUUAGGCGAGAUAGCUUUUAUAAGGCCUCACCACGUAGAUCAGGAUGAGAUCAGGCAGUGAAGCAUUUCCCUGCACUCUCUUCCAUAGGCCUCUGACUGCAAGGUUGCUUGCCCUGUAUGCAUAUAUGCUUUCAAGUUGCCUGUUGAGUUACC